UCGAUAUCAGUCACUCUAUAAAGUUGAAGCUCUUCAUUCAUUAAUUUGCACAAAUCAAAAAGCUUCUCAUAAUAAAAAUGAAAACCCCCCUUCUAACAAUCUCCAUCCUCCUCUUCGCCUUCAUCGCGAAACCAUCGUCAGGAGGGAUGACAGACAACGAGUCUGAGAAACCGGUGCUUGAUUCCAGUGGUGACAACGUCGUUACAGCCGCCGAAUAUUUUUUUCUGCCAGCAAUCCCGAAUCCAGACUGCGGCGGUCUGAAUCUAUAUGACGGCAGAAACAAGACGUGUCCGCUCAUAGACGUUAUCCAAGAACAAGUCGAAAUGCUAAAGGGUCUUCCAGUGAAAUUUUCAUACGCUCGAGAAGAAGAAAAAGAAGUUGUUUAUGCAUCCACUGACAUAAACAUCAAGUUUUCAGCGGCCGAAAGGCUUUGCAGCCAGGAAACAGUAUGGAAGGUUAACGCCUAUGACAACGGCACGGGCCAGUGGUUCAUAACUAAUGACGGAAUUAGUGGAAACCCUGGAGCUGAGACAUUGGAAAACUGGUUUAAGAUUGAGAGGUUGGGGUUGAAUGUGUAUAAGCUGACGCAUUGUCCUUCGGUUUGUGAUUCUUGUGUAACUUUGUGUAGCGGCAUUGGAGUUUAUACAGUCGAUGGAGUCAGACGCCUGGCUCUCAGCCACUCUCCGUUGGCUCUUGCGUUGGUCAGGACUAAUUUUAAUGAGACGGACUGAUUUUACUACUACUUCUGAAACUAUAAAUUUUCUUGUACCGAGCUCAAUAAAAUUAUGUAUACCCAAUUUUAAAUACUUGAUUAAAUAUUUAUAUG